AUGGAUCUGAAUUUCAUGGAGAGUGUUUGGUGGGUUUUUUCUCAGUUAUUUAAGAAAAACCUUGUUUACAGAGGGUUUAAGGUGAUGCCGUACAGUACAGGUUGCAAGACUCCAUUGUCCAAUUUCGAGGCUAAUUCAAAUUACAAGAUGGUGCUGCAUUUGUUGCAUGGACAACCACACCCAUGGACACUCCCUAGCAAUCUUGCACUUUGUGUCAACUCAAAUUUUGUAUAUGUCAAGGUGAAGAGCAAAUCGAAUGGAAAAAUCUAUGUAGUUGCUGAAUCUCGAUUACCAGAGCUUCCAGUAGAAAAGGCUAAAAAAGGAACACCUAAUGGAGCUGUGGAUGACAAAACCAAGGGAUCUAGUUCUAAUGGUGGAAAGGCUAAAAACUCUGUGGUUGCUUAUGAAGUGUUGGAUAAAUUUCAAGGAUCUUCACUUGUGGGUAAAAAGUAUGUGCCAUUAUUUGAUUAUUUGAAAGAAUUCUCAGAUGUGGCAUUCAGAGUUGUUGCGGAUGAUUAUGUAACUUCAGAUAGUGGAACUGGAAUUGUGCACUGUGCUCCAGCAUUUGGUGAAGAUGAUUAUCGUGUUUGUAUGGAAAAUCAAAUCAUUAAUAAGGGAGAAAAUCUAGUUAUGGCAGUUGAUGAUGAUGGCUGCUUUACAGAAAGAGUUACUGAUUUCAGUGGUCGAUAUGUCAAAGAGGCAGAUAAAGAUAUCAUUCAAGCAGAUAAGGGCAGACUGGUCAAAUCUGGAAGCUUUACACAUUCAUAUCCAUUUUGUUGGAGAUCUGAUACCCCUCUUAUCUACAGAGCAGUUCCCAGCUGGUUUGUAGCAGUGGAAAAGUUGAAAGAUCAACUGCUUGAAAACAAUGAGAAAACAAAAUGGGUUCCUGCUUUUGUUAAGGAAAAAAGAUUUCAUAAUUGGCUUGAAAAUGCAAGAGAUUGGGCCAUUAGUAGAAGUAGAUUUUGGGGCACUCCUCUUCCUAUUUGGAUCAGUGAAGAUGGUGUGGAUAUUAAAGUUAUUGGUUCAGUUGAAGAACUUGAAAGACUUUCAGGGAUCAAAGUUACUGAUUUACAUCGCCACAAAAUUGAUCACAUCACAAUUCCUAGUCCACGUGGUGAAAAGUUUGGUGUGCUUCAUCGUGUAGAAGAUGUAUUUGACUGUUGGUUUGAGAGUGGGUCAAUGCCAUAUGCAUAUAUCCACUACCCAUUUGAAAAUGAAGAAUUCUUCCAGAAGAAUUUCCCUGGACAUUUUGUUGCAGAGGGUUUAGAUCAAACUCGUGGAUGGUUUUACACUCUGAUGGUGUUGUCAACUGCAUUAUUUGAGAAACCUGCAUUUAGGAAUCUGAUCUGCAAUGGCCUUGUUUUGGCUGAAGAUGGUAAAAAGAUGAGUAAAAGAUUGAAGAACUAUCCUUCUCCUAUGGAAGUUAUUGAUGAAUAUGGAGCUGAUGCACUAAGGUUAUACAUUAUAAAUUCUCCAGUAGUGCGUGCAGAGCCUUUACGUUUCAGAAAAGAUGGAGUUUAUAAUGUUAAGAAAGAUGUACUUUUACCAUGGUACAAUGCAUACAGAUUCCUUAUCCAAAAUGCAAAAAGACUUGAAGUUGAGGGUCUUCCACCUUUUAUUCCUCAUGAUCCAACCACUCUUCUCAAUUCCCUUAAUUCCCUUGAUAAGUGA